CAAAUGGUUGAAGUUUUGCUUUUUAAAAAUAAGAUGGGAGGAAGUAGAAAAAAAUUCAAGUAUUUGAUAACUACAUUUUUGGCCUAAAAUAUUUUUUUUCUUAUCAUUUUGAUAGACAACCUGAAAGUGAGUCCUGCUCUGUCAGCAGACAGAUGAAAAGUGGCGUUUAAAAACCGUCCAGUGGAAUAUAUAGACAGAGCAGUAACCUGGAAACACCAGAAUUCUAAUGGAGUUCAUACAAUGACGUGUGGGGGGGAAGUCCCCCCCAAUUCUAGAAUUGCACCCACUUUGUUGUCCAUAGGUUUGAACAGACUGGGCCAAUGAUCUGACUCAGUGGUCUGAAGUGUCAUUUACACACAGCUUCUACUACUGAAUGGAGAUGGCAGCCGUACCAGUCAAAUACAGAGAUCGUCAAAAGUACAUUUGUUAUGAGGGGCAACUGACUUUCAAAUGCUUUUUGGAGUGUGAUGAGUGAAAAAUGUCCUUACACACAGGUAUGAGAUGCUUUUUCCUGCAUACAUGUUAUCAUGGGUUUUAUAUGGUUAUAGUUUUUUUGAAUAGGGUCAUUUCAAAUUGACAUGGUUGCAAGACAACUUAUGCUGAUGUUCUACAUGGAGAUUAUAGAUAAAGUUUGCUUCUAACUCCUGUCCAGUUCUGGCUUUCAAAUAGAAAGAAUGAUGGAUAUCUGUCAUCUACAACCUACCAACUACAUGCAAUUUUUAAUUCAAGUUUAAAUUUAUUUAAUUUAAACUUAAUUAAAAACAGAAAGGGGGGGGGGUCUAGUUGUGGUGUAGUUCUACAAUACUUAAACUGAUACGAUAAUUAAAUCAAUUUUUAUUUGUACAGCGUCAAAUCAUAAAAGUCAUCUCAUGGCCCUUUACAAGUAAAGCAGAUAAAGACCAUGCUCUACUAAUUAGAGAAACCCAACCAAUUCCCAAAUAUAUGUUAGAAAUGGGUACAGACGCAAAUUAGCUCUAAGCUAUAAUCUGGUACAGUGCAUCAAAUGAUGCCAUUCAUGUUUUAAUAUUUACAUUGUCCUGUUUUAAACAAUAAUUAAACUGAUAAAUGGAAUUAACCUGUAAUAGUUUUGAGAUUACACAAACCAUUCAAGAGAAGAUGCCCUUUGAUUUACUCUUGAUCAGUUGUUUCUCUACUAUACUCAGCAAAUCCAUCUGUAAGGUUGUGUAAACUUACUUUGUCAUCACAGUUGCCAAGAAGUUUGACAUUCCAACCCUGGACCUCAAAGUUUAUGAUGACUCCAAAACUGAAAUUGAUGAGGAGGUGUUUGAGUUUCUUGUAAAAAGUCAAAACCUUGGAGUGCUGGAGAUAUGUUUGCCUGAAACCCCAAAUCCUGAUGAUUCAUUGAACUCCUCUUCAAGUUGCUCCUUUGAAAGCACCAGUGGAGAGAAUGAGGGGGACUCUAACAGCACCAUCAUAUUGCAGUCCAGUCCUUCUACAAGACGUGCAAAUAAGGCUACUUCUCUAGCUCAGGACAAGUCCUUCAAGGUGUGUUAAAGAGGAGUAUGCAAGGGGCAUCACUGCCUUGUGUCCAUACUUGUCUGAUCCUGAACAGGUUUGGCUAUGCGCAUUUUUACAAUGCAGAAGAGGGGAGUGGGUAUCUAGCAUGGAGACUGAAAUUUGUCCAAAGGAAGCAUCAGAAGGACAAAAGAGGACCGGCCGACAGCCACUGACACAAAGAGGUGGUCCAGAACGUGAUGGAGAACCCUUUGUGGAGGAGAACUGGCUAAACACAGACACCCUGUGUUCAGAGGCCACAGCACUAAUGAAGCAUACAGCGGAUGAAGCAGUUGUCAAGGAGAAGAUGAAGCAGACCUUCAUCUAUCGCCAAAAGAUGGUUCAUGACCCAGUGAAGUCUUCCGACAUAUUCACAACAUUUCCAAGAUUCCUAGACAUUGCAGGAUUGAUUGAGCAAGAUUUCAGUCUGAUGUUUGGUGAUGCCAUCUCUGCAAGUUUCCUGGAGAAGUGGCCCACGGUCUACAAGAGGAAAGUCCUUCAACAAAGCCGUGGCCUCACACAGGCAGCUGAACUUCAAGACCUUGUUCAAAACGCUGAAUCUACAGAAGAAGUAGAAAAUGAGUCUCUUGAGAAUCUGUGCCACAACUGUGGAGCACAGGACACUGAUGACCCACAGUGGAUUGCCUGUGACAUCUGUGGGAGGUGGUAUCACCACACACGUGUGAGCAGUCCACUAUUGCAUGAGGCCUACCUCUGUGCUGUGUGCAAAAUAGACUGAUAACAUUUUUCAUUGUCCUUCUGCUUAGCCAGCCCUCAUCCAUCCAUCCAUCCAUCACCAAUUUCCAAUUGUAUAAUAUGUUAUUGUUGCAUUAUAUGUUGUUGUUGCUUAAGUUUUGUUUUUUUGUUUUUUUUUUAAGUUGUUUUAAGUUGUUGUUUUGUUAAGUUGUUAAGUUUAUUGUUUAAGUUGUGCAUGGUUAACACAUUAGUUAUUUACAGUACUUAUUUUACAUUUUUCCUUUUAAUACACAUUUAAAUUAAACAUUUUGAUGAAAGGCUGUAAAGAUUUUGAAUGUUGAGUCUU